AUGAGCUCCAUGGUGUGGGGCCUGGUCACCGACUUCUUCACCUACGAGACCACCAAGUCCGUGGUGGUCAAGAGCUGGUCCGUGGGCAUCAUCAACCGCAUCGUUCAAGUCCUCAUCAUCGCAUACUUUGUGGGCUGGGUGUUCAUCCAUGAAAAAGCCUACCAGUUGACGGACACCGGCAUCGAGUCGUCCGUCAUGACCAAAGUCAAGGGCUUCGGUCGGCAUCAUCAGCGCAUUAUGGACGUGGCCGACUACAUCUUCCCACAGCAGGGAGCUGGCAUCUUCUGCAUCAUGACUAAAGUCAUCAUCACUGAGAAUCAGUUCCAAGGGAAAUGUGCAGAGACUGGAAGGAGGUUUAACUGUACAACAGACUACGACUGUCAAGAACAUAUACCCUCCAUCCUCACUAAUGGACAGAUCACAGGAACUUGUCUCGCCAACGUGACGGGGUCCAACGGGGCGUGCGAGAUCGAGGGAUGGUGCCCGGCCGAGAACGACAGAACCUACGUCGAGCCCAUGAAAGACCUGGUGAACUUCACCAUCUUCAUCAAGAACAGCAUCCGCUUCCCUCUCUUCAACGUCACCAGGGGGAACUUCCCGUCCAACAUGACGUCGGCUCAGAUCAAGAAGUGCAAAUACCACCCGGACGAGAACCCUUUCUGCCCCAUCUUUAGUGUGGGAGACGUGCUGAGUUACACCAGUCAGAACGUCACCCGCCUCCUGGAUAAGGGUGGUGAAAUAGGAAUAAACAUAGAGUGGAAGUGUAAUCUGGAUCUAGAUAUAGAAUAUUGUGUUCCCAAGUACUCUUUCACCAGACUGGAUGCACCUUUUGAGAAGAACGCUGUCUCUGAGGGCUUCAACUUCAGAUUCGCCAAAUAUUACAAGACGGAGAACAAUACCGAAUUCCGGACACUGCACAAGGUGCACGCGAUCCGCUUCGACGUCAUGGUGACUGGAGCGGCAGGAAAGUUUAAUAUGGUCCCUACAUUGAUCAACUUGGUGGCUGCCUUCACCUCCAUUGGACUGGGUACGGUUCUUUGUGACCUCAUCCUGCUCAACUUCCUGAAAGGAGCAGCCCAGUACAAGGCUAAGAAAUUUGAGGAGGUGUCGGAGGCUCAGAUCGAGGCGUCCCUGGCCCGCAGCCUCAGCAGCCAGCUGUCCCUCAAAGAAGGUAUGAAGCGCUCCUGCGACUCUGGCGCCCUUUCUCUGACCACUGCUGACCAGCCCAUGUGACCAGGACUCUUAAAGGGACAGUCCUCUCGUUACCUGCUCCAGUCGUUAAAAAGCCUUUCUGCACUUUUUCUUCUACGAGCUUAAGGAGCAACGUAGCUGGACUGCAUUUGCCCAGUAGUAUCUUCCACAUGAGGAGGUGUGAACAAGUGAUGACAUAAAUCAAUAACAUUGCAUCUAAUAGACAAUGUCUCAUUUGUGGUGACAUCUAUCAACAUGAGGGUGGUCCUGAAAAAGGAGGCAUUUUUCACAUUGACUGUGUGUCGCUUUUAAAAGAGCUCCCCCUCUGGUCAACAUAUGAAAUAACAAGUGUGUGUAAGAAAUUGAAAUGCCCCCCCUUUGGCCAAAAUUAAUUUAAUUUAUUUUUAUUUUAAAUAUGUAUAUAGAGACAUACUGUAAU